UCCUCAGCCUGAUCACCAACUCAUCUCGAUUUCAAGUCCCCUCCUAUUUGUUGCUGCAAGAUGUCUGGUAGCAAUCCGCGCCGUGGCCGUGGCGAUGGGCAAUUGCCCUUUCACCCUAGAGGACGCGGCGGCUCGUAUGCGCGUGGGCGAGGUGACACAUCGUACAGAGGAGGCCAUGGCAGUGGUAGAGGUGGCUCUGCCCCGCAGGUCGUCGUCUAUCCACAGGAUGUCGCGCAGACUACACAACCCAAGCCUCAGGUGAAGAUUGUUGAAGACAAGACACAAGCUUCCAUUACGACAUCAAAUGCGGCCUCCACAUCCAUCCAUCCCCCGCGUCCAGGAUAUGGGACCAGAGGACGAGAGGUGGUUCUAUGGGCAAACUAUCUUGAGCUAACUGGAUACGAGAACCUUCUUGUGUAUCGCUACAGCAUCAGUAUCGCACCAGACCGCAAUGGCCGCGAGCCUGGCCCAAAGAAGAGACGUCGCAUCGUACAAAUCCUCUUAGAAGAAUACUUCAGCGAACGUAAAGCGGACGUUGUUACGGAUUUCCACUCCAACAUCAUCAGCAAAACCAAAUUGGCCCUGCAAAGUCCAUAUGCGGUGGCACAUCGUGGCGAUGGAGUCGACGACGUCCAGGCCAAUGCUACAAUCCAUCAAAUAGCGCUUGCGCAGAUCGGGGUCUUGAACUUGUCAGAACUGCUGGACCAUGUGACCUCCGAAGAUGCAGUCGCCGCACUCGCCUCAAAGGCAGAUUUCCUACAGGCUUUGAACAUUGUGGCUGGCCAUCAUCCCAAAGCAACACCCACUACCGCUGCGGUUGGCUCUAACAAACAUUACAACGUCAGUACAUCGUCUGAAAAGUUCGGUCUGGGGGCAGGAAUCAAUGCCAUUCGAGGUCUAUUCAUGAGUGUGCGUGCGGCCACUACUCGGAUCCUGGUCAAUGUGCAAGUGAAGCAUGGUGCAUUCUACCAGGAGGGACCUCUGGAAGGACUGAUAUUCUCAUUCAAACAAGAGAACGGAGCGGACAAGAACAAGUUGGAGGACUUCCUCAAAAAAUUGACAGUCAACGUCACCCACAUUCAGAGAAGAAAUCGCACAGGAGAAGUGAUACUUCGCAUGAAGCAGAUUUCAGGUCUCGCCACGCCCCGUGACGGAGAAGGGCAGCCGAAACGACCUAUAGUCCCAGAAUUUGGGGCAGGUCCCAAGAGCGUCAAGUUCUGGCAAGCAAGCGAAGGCGCAGGCGCAGGCGGCAGCUAUGUCACCGUCUUUGAAUUCUUCAAGAAGGCAUACAAUAUUGUGAUUCGAGAUCCCAACCUGCCCGUCGUCAAUGUCGGGAACAGACAGAAUCCAGUCUAUCUCCCAGCUGAAGUUUGUCAAGUGAGACCCGGGCAGCAUUUCUCAGCCAAAUUGAGUCCGAGUCAAACCCAGAACAUGAUUCGUUUUGCAGUGCGUCCGCCAGAGUCGAAUGCACGUUGGAUCACGACACAAGGCGCACAUCUCGUAGGGUUCGACAUUACAAAUCCGGUCUUGAAUAACUUUGGCCUCAAGGUCCCGCCGAAGCUCAUUUCGGUGCCUGGCCGGGUGCUGCAGGGUCCCAACAUCCAAUACUAUGGAAAGGACAUGGCUAAUCCUGGCUUUGGUAGCUGGAAUCUGCGGAACGUCCGCUUCGCGGCCACCACAGAAUUACCAUACUGGACAUACCUGGUGCUGUCGAUGGAAGGAACACAGCCCCCCUGGACCUCAGAAGCCGCGCUACACCCAGCACUUGACGAGUUCACGCAGAAGUUGAACGAAGUCGGCAUCAGGGCAGGGGCCCCUACCGCAGGGCAAAACGUUGUGCUGAAGCCCUCCUCAUUGGAGACCCAAAUCGACCAGGCCAUCUCGCUGUUCAUGCACAGCAAGACCAGAAAACCACCAAAGUUCCUCCUCGUCUUUCUGCCCCAUAGAGAUACGGGUAUUUACAAUCGAAUCAAACUCGCUUGCGACAUCACGGAAGGCUUGCUCAACGUCUGCACGGUAGCUUCCAAGUUUGUGAAGCCCAAUAACCACCAAUACUUCGCCAAUCUUGCUCUCAAGGUCAAUUUGAAAUUAGGUGGCCGCAACCACAGCAUCGACAACAGUAAAUUGGGUGUUAUUGCAGAAGGCAAGACUAUGCUUGUGGGGCUCGACGUUACUCAUCCAUCGCCCGGAUCUGUCCAGGCUGCGCCUAGCGUGGCUUCCGUGGUGGCAUCAGUUGACCGUUGGCUUGGGCAAUGGCCAGCUGAGCUGCUCAACUUACCUCCACGUCAGGAGAUGAUCAUCGGGCUCCAAGAGAUGAUCGUGAGUCGACUCAAGCUGUGGCAAAAAGUCAACAAGUCACUCCCUGACAAUAUCCUUGUUUACCGCGACGGCGUCUCAGAGAGCCAGUACCAACAGGUAUUGGAACAGGAGCUACCGCUCUUCAGGGCCGCAGGGAAGGCGUUGUACCCGGCAGACAAGACGAAGAAUGGCUAUCCUCGCAUCAGUAUCGUCGUGGUCGGAAAGCGCCACAACACUCGGUUCUACCCUACUCGCACAGAGGAUGCUGAUCGGUCGUCAAACCCACAAAAUGGAACCGUGGUUGAUCGGGGUGUCACCGAAGCUCGCAACUGGGAUUUCUUCCUGCAAGCUCAUACAGCAUUGCAAGGUACUGCUCGGCCAGCGCAUUAUUACGUCGUCCUUGACGAGAUCUUCCGCAGUCGCCCAGUCAAGCCGCCAUUCCAGAACACGGCCGACGCUCUUGAGGACUUGACACACAACCUCUGCUAUCUCUUCGGACGAGCGACGAAAGCGGUGUCGAUUUGCCCUCCUGCUUACUAUGCCGAUCUUGCAUGUGAGCGAGCUAGAUGCUAUUUGAGUAAGGUCUAUGAUCCGCAUUCUGUUGCGAGAAACUCGUCGAGCACCAGUACAACAUCGGCACAGCCAGAUGCAAGUGUAGUGAGACGGGUGCACCUGAACGUGAAGGAUGCCAUGUUCUACAUCUGAACCGUAGCAUGGGAUCAGAUAGCUUGGGCUCCUGGAUAAUGUGCUCAGCGCUGGAGAGGUUUCGAGAAGUCGAGAAGUCGAGAUAAGCAUUUUGGGACUGGGCUUCGACGCCGGACGACAUGGCGUUGGCUGAGAUGGGAUAUGUCGUGGUAUUUGAUGUACGGGGAAGGGAAUAAUAUUGACAUGGCCUUGGAUAAAGACAAAGAUCUUUGGAUUCAGAUGACAUGGGAAUGGGCGAGCUAAUGCCUGCUACGAAUAGAUAAGACAAGAGUAGCUCCCUCGAGAA